AAUUGAUAGAGUGGAAUUAAAAAAAAAACCGUAUUAAAUAAAAUACGUUAACAUUUUUAGUUAUAUUGGUUGUUAAAUAUGAGUUAACUGCCCAUUCUUAAUUAUUUUAUUACACACCUGAGAAAAACGCUAUAAUAAUUAACAUGAAUUAUUUGAGAACAUUUGUAUCAAUUGUGCGUCGACCUAUACUGAAAACAACAUUUAAUCAAAGUCGUAUUAUUCAAACAAACUUAAUUGAAAUUUCGCGACGUUUUGUAUCACAAACAGAAGUUGAAGAUGAAAUGGAAAUGUUUGUCACUGAGCUUUGUGAAGGUGACAAAGAACUAGAAAAAAAAUUCAGAGUAUUAAUGCUAGAAGUUGAAGUAAUGCGUCAGGAUGGUCGCUUUGCUCCAGAUAAAAUCCAAUUGGAUCAGUGGCAACAUUUAUUAGAAUUACCUAGUAGAAAUCAAAGAGCUAAUUAUCUAUCAUUUCUAUGGAAAACUGAAAAGAGAAAGGAAAACCAAAAAGCUAAAAAAGAAGCUAGAAGAAAGGAAUUUGAAAACUCACCUCCACAAGAAAUUAAGGAAUACCCAGAUGACCUCUCAUAUGGCAUCAAAUACCAAUCAUUGUUUCUUCGCAUCCGUGAUCAAUCAAUCAACUAUUUUGAUAAUUAUAGGGCUCUACAAGCAAUGACUUAUGGUCAAUCAGUUGUUAUUGAUUGCUCCUAUGAGGAUCACAUGGUACGAAGAGAAAUAACAAAUGCUGCAAAACAAAUGACUUUUGUCUUUGGUGAUAAUAGAAUACACAAAGAUCCAUUUAAUUUACACAUUUGUAAUGUUAAUAUGAAAGGUGAAUUUAUGAAACAGUUGAAAAAAAAUAUUCCAUCCAUAAUUGAGCCAUGGUUUCCAUUGAACAUACACACCACAAGCUACCUUGAUGUAUUUCCUAAAGAUAAACUUGUUUAUCUUACACCACACUGUCGUGAAGAGUUAACAACGUUUGAUCCAGACAGUGUAUACAUUAUUGGCUGUAUGGUUGACAAGAUCAAUAAUGAACCUCUAUCAUUAGCAAAGGCUAAAAAAGAUGGCCUUAAAAUGGCUAAACUACCUCUCGACAGAUACUUGGAAUGGGCCCCCGGAUCAAAGAAAAAUCUAAAUAUAAAUCACAUGGUGCCUAUUCUUUUGGAUUUAAGACUGACUGGUGAUUGGGAAUUUGCAUUAAGGCAUAUUCCAAGAAGAAAACUCAUGGAAACGAAAAUUAUGGCCAUGCAGAAGAUGUUGCAAAACACUUCUUUUGCAAAAAAAGAAAUAUAUAAAAAAUUCCAAGGAGUACCUAGGCAGAAAAAUUAUUUAUCUCGUGAUGAAAAAAAGUUUAAAUCAAAGAGAACAUUGUAUGAUGAUGAUAAUGUUUAAAUAAAAAUUUAAACAAUGCA